AUGAUCGUGGCAGUUCAAGUAUCUCGGGACGGCCAUAAAACUGGUGGCAGUUCAAUAACAGCCAGUCUUCCUGCACACCAUACAACGCAGUUCAUGUUCGCUGUGGUGCUGACUAUCUCCGUUAUUUCAUUUAUUGUUAGCAAAGGAUCUACUGUGUUUUUGCCUCUAUAUGUAGAUGGGAAUUUCAGCUAUGCAGUUCCUGUCGACUAUGCACUUUACGAAGACGGAUCAGAGUCGCCAGAGUUAGACGUUUUGAACGCCGAGGUCUUAAAGUGGAAUCAGGCUAGCGCUAGACAGCAAUGGGCUUCAGCCACGGGGGAGUCUAUAGGAGGUUCUAGUCACCAGGAGCUGAUAGAGGCCUACACCAGGUGGCACAACCAGGCGUGUCGGGGAGAACCCGUGGGUCGUCAUCAGGCCAACGAUGACCAGCGACUACGCAUGCUCUACUUGCUGUGUCGCGGCCCUAGAUACACACCGGCUCAGGCGAGGCAAGUCAUGUCGCUGACUGAGAACAUGGGGAGGCUGUACUCCGAGACUGAGGUGUGUCGAGGGCCAAAGUAUCCUGAGUGUUACAACGUUGAGCCAGAGCUGGAUGUCCUUAUGAGAACAUCCAAAGAUCCUGCGGAGCUGCUGUGGUCCUGGGUGGAGUGGAGGAACAAGAUCGGACCCAAGGCGAGAGACGUUUACCCCAAUCUGGUACAUCUCAUGAAUAUAGGAGCAAAGAACAACGGGUUUGAGGACAUCGGAGCCGCGUGGAGGGACGAGCUGGAAGCGGAAGACCUGGAGAGGGUCGUGGAUAAUCUCUACAUGGAGGUUCGACCGCUGUUUCUAAAGCUUCACUCCUAUGUGAUGACCAAACUAUCGACAGUUUACGACUUCGACACUUCCUCUGGCCUCAUCCCAGCACAUCUGUUGGGCAACAUGUGGGCUCAGGAGUGGUCCGCAGUUCUUCCUCUGUUGGUCAAUUCGACGAGGCUGGACCUGGACGCUGGUCUUCGCGCCAAGAACUAUUCAGUGUGGGACAUGGUGCGGCGAGCUGAGGACUUCUACGUAUCGCUGGGUCUAGACAGGAUGCCGCCCAAGUUCUGGACCAACUCUCAGCUGAAGAAGCGAGAGGGUCGAGUCUCCAACUGUCAUGGAACUGCUGCCAACAUGUACACCGGCGAUGACUACAGGUACACAAUUACAGUUAUCAUACAAGGAGAAACGUGGAUGAAAAUUCUCAGUCACUUUGCCUAA